GUUUUUCACAAAAGACACACACCAGCUUGAUCUCAUACUUUUUUACUCAAAUGCAAAUCAAACUUGUUAUUCUUACUAUCUGUGCCUCUCUUGCCGCUAUCGGCCUUGCUGCGCCUCCUCCCUCAGUUGGCAAACCUGCUGGUGCAAGUAAAGGUGCUGUAGGAUCUGAUCCUUUUGGAAGCCUUAGUGGUACUCUUGGAGGCGUUACCGGUGGUAAAAAAAAGGGAGGGCUAUUAGGAGGCACUCUAAUCCCUGGAAUUCUUUAACCACUAAACUUGCAGUAAAACAAUGUUCCAUUAAAUGGAAUUCAUAAUGUCAAUGUAUAACAAAGUAUCAAUAAACUUGAUUGUUCUUUUUACACACUUAUUAUUCAAUCUCUUUU